UGAGAAUAUAAAUGUUUAAGAAUUAAAAAUGUAAGAAAAUUAAGAUGGAGAUGAGUAAACUUCUUCACAGUCCUAUUCUCAAGGGGCUGACUAUCCCAGUUUACCUCUUCUACUCCUUCAGCCAUCUGGGUUUUCACAUUUUCGAUCAUAUUAGGAAAAGAGAAGAAGAUGAAUUGUUGUGGGUAUCAACUGUGAAGAUACUAUGCUCAGUGUUAGAUGUAGCUCUACCGGUGAUAGCAGCUCUAGAACUCAACUGGAUGCUCAUUAUCGUACAAUGCUUGUGGAUUCCUCUACUAAGUUGUUUAACAAAUAACUACACUUUCACCAACAUCUUCUCAACAAUAUUCUACGGAACAAGUGCAGGAAUAUUCUCGGUUCUUCUGCUGAUCAAGGGGAUAGUAGUGAUGAGGAAACUAAAGGAAAGACGAGGAGUGGUGACAGAAAACUUGACUUGUAUGGAAUACACAGCAUAACAAGACAAAUAUAACAAAUGUCAAAUUGAAUUAAAAUAAAUAAUUUGAAUCUAAAAAAUAAUAUU